UGUUCAAGAAACUGCAGUGACACUGAAUUAUGUCCAUCCGAUAAACCUUUCUGUAGUGAAGUUGGUUGUAUCUUCGAAUGUCCAGCUCCCUUUUAUAUCCAUGGAAGCAAUUGUGUCUCCGAUUGCGGAGAAAUGUUUGUUGAUGAAAAUCGAAACUGCAUCUCUGCAUGUCCAGAGGGAACAUUUUACAAAGAAACACUUAAACAAACCAUAUGCAAGCCGUAUUUAGAAAAGAAGUGUGUAAGAUGCAGGUGGCAUGGAAUGUAUAUUUCAAAUGAUUCAUGUGUAAACGUUUGUCCUUCAGGAUUCAGAUAUAUAGAUGGAAAUAACUGCAUUUCACAAUGUCCAGAGGAGCGACCGUUCAAGGUUAUUACAACUAUUCAUGGUCUAUCCCAUUACAAAUGCAAGAAUAAAUGUCCAUCAAUCAACGACGGUAGCUUUUGUACUAAUGUCUGUCCCGAAAAUAAAGUAGUGAUAGGUUCUUCAUGUCUUGAGCAAUGUCCAUCGAAUACAUCCUAUUUGUUACGCAACUCAUGCCUGAAACAAUGUCCGUAUGACGCUCCUGCUGAUGGACAUGAUAAUAAAACAUGUGUACAAUCAAAGUGUCCAGAUAAACGACCAUAUGUUGUUAAUAAUACCUGUGUCGAAAGUUGUCCAAAUGAGUUUCCAUUAACCUAUUCUACAAUAAACGUAUACAACAGGGGUUUUGAAUAUUGUAUUAAAAGCUGUGGAGAUAAAUACAGGUAUAAGAAUAAAUGUGUACUUGUUUGUCCAUCUCAAACUGUUGCUGUGAAAAAUGAUUGUGCGGAUAAAUGUCCUAUGUAUACUUCUUAUAUGUGCACGGUACCGGUUGGUUAUAAUUGCGGAGAAAAACCUGGCGAAAGAUUGGCUCAUACGAUUUGUGUGAAUGAAUGUCCUAAAUCUAUGUUGAUCUGGAACAAUACCUGUGUGUUUUCAUGUAAAAUCGGACACUCAACUUUCGGGAGAGAAUGCACUGAAACGUGCCCAGUCGUUAAACCAUAUCAACAAAAUAUAACAAAUGGCAUCAACUGCGAAUGGGGAGGUUGUAAAAGCAUUAAAACCGAUCUGUAUUGUCGUUGA